AUGAGUGUCACUAACCUCGCAACUGCUCUCAUAGUAAUCUUCGUGGUAUUCGUCGUCGCUCUCGCCGGUCAAUUCCUCUACGUAAACUGGCGCCGUCGUUCCUUCCGCCGCCACACCUCCCAUCCUCCUCCUGUAAUUCGCAGCGGCAACCAAUCCCCUGAUUUUUCCACCGAUGACGCUGCAACCAAGGAGCUGCUCUACUUCUUCUGCUUGAAACCCCAUAUCCGCCAUGAUCUAUCGCCCAACAAGAAUACAGCUGGAUCAUUGCCGGACGAUCAGGUGGUUGACGUUUUUAAGCUGUUAGAAGCAAAUGGACCGGCCAAGUUUCUUUGUACGAUUAAAGAGGAAGRCAAAGACGAUGUCSAGUCAACUUCUGACGUUGACUUUCCAAACAAACCGGCUACAAAGGAUGUGUGCUUGCCGUCGUGUCUUCAGUUAGCGGAAGAACCCGUGGCGGAAGAGGAGGAGGAGGAGGAGGAGGUUGCUGUGACGGUCGACCGAGGAGACGCAGAUAUGAACACGGAAUUCUCGACGCCGUGUGACUCACCGUCGUUUUUUACACCUGCAGGAUCUCCGUCACGAGAUUUUAUGGAAACGAAGUUUGCUGUUCCCGUUCAUAUAACUGGGAACAUUGAUGACAGAUGA